UCUCUUCUGAACUCGACUCGAGCCAGAGCGCUCUACGCCCAAGGCCUCUGCACUGUGGCUGAACUAGCCCGGGCCUCUGUAGCUGAUGUGGAGAAAGCUUUGCUGAAUGCGGUCCCAUUCAAGAGCAUCAGCAUCUCAUCCGAAGCCUAACCUGACUGAUGGGUUUCCAAUAAGAGACGAUGAAGAUCUCGUUUUGAUCGGGCUGUCUGUCUGCUGGGGAUCAAGAGGUGCAUGCUACAUCUGUCUGCAGCAGGAGCAGAGCAAAGGUCUGAGCUCCAGCCUGGCUCCUCCUCCACUGGAUGAUGAGCUGCCAGUAAGUCAAAGGCUGGAGCAGGUGAAGGUCUGUCUCAGCCACCAAUCAGCUGGUGACAAAGGAAGAGUG